CAUUCUUUUGGUUUCGUAGAAGUGAUAACAGCAGCAGCAGGAGCAGCAGCGACAGUAACAGUUACAUCAUCUGAGCUCUCUCAUCCUUUCCUCAGUAUGCCACCCACGGUGGUGAUCAUCCUGGGGACGGUAUUCGCAUCCUGCCUCGCCCGUCCUGAGACAGGAUACAUCCUGGGAGGUCCAUCCUUCAAUGCUCCUAUCCACGCUGCUCCUCCUCCUGCCCAGAGAAGGGGUAUCCGGCUUACCCCUAGCCUUACCCAUUCCGAUUCCGGCUUGCUUCGCAAUGAUUUCACUCCUGUCCGCCUCAUUCGUCGGCCUAUCCACUCAGAUUUAGAUCCUAUUCAUCUCAAUCUUGAAAUUGUUCGCCCAACAUAUGCCUCUCCUCCUAUCCCAAUGGGAGGACUUAAACCUAUUCACAGCCCUUCGAUGUAUCUUGAUUCUGAGACGACUGAGCCCGAUUUCGACCAUUUUUAUAGACCACCUCCCCCGAAGUCAUCCGGCCCUAUCCACAUUGGCUCUCGUGUGCCCUUCCACAAUACAUAUAGCCCUAUUCACCUAACCUCACAACCUAUCCACCUUACACCAAGACCUGUUCAUACUGCUGUAAGACCAGGCUAUCCUGUCCUGGAACCUAUCCAUUCUACCCCAGGACCUAUUCGCUCAACAAAAAUACCCAUUCACCCGACUCCAGGACCGAUUCACCCAACGAAAAAACCGCUCCUUCCUACCCUAAGUCCUAUCCACCCUACUUUAAGACCUAUUCAGCCAACCGAAAGACCUCUCUAUCCUACCCUAGGACCUAUUCAAUCUACUCCAAAACCUAUUAAGACAACCGAUGGACCUCUCUAUCCUACCCUAGGGCCUAUUGAUUCUAUCCCAGAACCUAUUCACCCAACCAAAGGACCCCUCCAUCCUACCCCAGGACCUAUCCACUCUAUUUCAAGACCUUUCGAUCAUUCCCUUGUACCGGUCCAUCCCUCCCCCCGCCCAACCUUCCUAACCCCACGUCCUAUUCCUCACAAGCCUCGUCCCAUCCACCCCCAUCGCCGCCGUCCUCGUCCUUUCCACAACACCCCAUUCCCUAUUCAUCCUUCUCCCGAACCUCUUCACCCUAUUCCUGCUCCUAUUCUUCCUAUCGCUGCCCCUAUCCACCGACCAGAUGUUCCACUCUACAGGCCGGACUUCGAUUAUGACGAGGGCCCCGUGGCGUACGACUUUAAAUACGAUGUGAAGGACGACUACACUGGCGCCAACUUCGGUCACCAAGAAGCCAGCGACGGCUACAACACCCAAGGCUCCUACUACGUCCCCUUGCCCGACGGUCGCCUUCAGAAAGUCACAUACUACGUCGAAGGGGACUCUGGCUUCGUGGCUGAGAUCUCUUACGAGGGCGAGGCCCAGCACCCGCCCUAUAAACCUGGCCUCCCCUACCAGUCACUGCCGCCAGUACACGCUCCGCUAGAUGGCCAUCCAUCUCUCCUGCAUCGACCGACUCUGGGAUACAUUUAAGCAAAUUACUGUUUAUCAUCUACCAACGCCAUGGCUUUACUCUCAUAGGACGGGAGAAUCCUCUUUCUUUAUUACCUUCAUUAUUUUUAUCCUUGAAUAACUAAAAUGUAAUGAAAACUUGUUAAUGGCACACGAAUUCAAUAACUCAGGAGAUUAAUUGAUCUGUAUAUUUUGAAGGGGUCAAAUUAAGAUUAAUCUCCUGAGUUUGUGUCUCCAUGUGGGGUGUUAUUGAGCAUCUUCAUCCUUGAUUAUGUCAAAGAUAUAUGGUACUAACAAGAUGUUGAAAGCCACACAUGUGCAACAUCUGGGCGCCUUCAUGUGACAGACGUUUCUUGCAUAGCAGGCUUUAUCAAUUUAAUAGAGAGAUGUGGAUAAUAUCUCAUAUAUUUGAAUCAGUGAUUCAGACCGAACUUCAAUAGCUUAUACAGUUGAACCAGUGAUUCAAGCUCCUAUAUAAGCUUCUUUCUCUUGUUUCAAAUUAGCAAAGCUUCGUGUGCAGGAAAAUUAAAUUAAUCCAUGUUAAGCGCUAAACCCAAGUGAGUCAUUCAGCGCAAGACGUGUUGGAGGCUCGAUCCUCCGUCUGGUGAGCGCCAGACAGACGCGCUUCCUAUUUGUACUCGCCUAGAUGGAGCAGUCUCUCUCACAAAUGAAGACUCUCAGGUACUGCACAUAUGCCUUAUUUAACAUUAUUUUUAUUGCUUCCUCAUCUUUGGAUUUCCACCUUCCUCAUCUCCACCAGAUUUCUGUUGAUAACAAACUCACUGCUUUUAUCCUUAGUAUAGCAUGUGUGUUUUCGACUCAUAAUUUUGAGUGUUUUUAAUAUUCACAUUUGAGAUGUGAAAUGUUCAUAACAUUGUAUAUUUGUUACAUAGUCUCAGAACAAUAUUAUUUUAGUACAGAAAGAUGUUGAUAGAUGUUUACUAGUUGCUUUGUAAAUCUGUUAUUG